UGAAGAUGACGUACCCGGAAGUACAGUGUGCCUGAUGAGUGAAAACAGAGAGACGUUAAAGCUGUAAUUAGAGUUUUAUUUAUUAAUAAACACAAAAUUAAAUAAGACGGAAUUUGUCCGGAAGAGAGUGAGAUGUCCGGAAGCUUCUACUUUGUGAUGGUGGGUCACCAUGACAACCCGGUGUUUGAGAUGGAGUUCCUGCCUCCUGGGAAACCGGAAUCCAAGGACGAUCAUCGCCACUUAAACCAGUUUAUCGCUCACGCUGCGCUCGACCUGGUGGAUGAGAACAUGUGGCUGUCCAACAACAUGUACCUGAAAACAGUGGACAAGUUCAACGAGUGGUUUGUGUCGGCCUUCGUCACAGCAGGUCAUAUGAGGUUCAUCAUGCUUCAUGACGUCAGACAAGAAGACGGGAUCAAAAACUUCUUUAACGACGUUUAUGAUUUAUACAUCAAGUUUGUGAUGAACCCUUUCUAUGAAGUGAACACUCCGAUUCGCUCCACAGCCUUCGAGCGUAAAGUGCAGUUUCUGGGCAAGAAGCAUCUCCUGAGCUGAUGGGAGAAGUUUCAACCGAAAAUAAAUGAGUUUUACUCGUCUGCACUGCAAAGAUCACAUUUAUUCUGUUCAUCUCUCUCUCUCUCUCUGUCUGUGUCUGUGUGUGUGUUUAAACCUUCAGUCUGUGAACACUUGUUUUCUUGUUUUAAUGUUCUGAUGUUAUCACAAUGUUUGUAUCUCAGUUUAAUAAUAAUUAUAAUAAAUCGUGUCACUAGG